UCCCCAUGGGCACAUGAAAAUCAAAAACAAAACCUCAAAUGAUAAAAAUAGUAGCCUGUGAGUAACGCAAGUUCAAGGAAAAAACGCCCAAAGUGAAAACAAAACCCUAGGAACUCACUCUUAUUCCCUCUCUUUCUCUCUUACCUCCCAUUCUCAGUCUUUCUCUCUCCGACCUUCGUCGCCAUCCGUCCUUCGACUCGACUCUCUCUCUCUCCUCCGCGAGCUGCGAUAACUUUUGGCAUAUAAGGGUAGGGGAGCUUAGACAACUGCAAACAAUAUGGCGCGCAAAGGACUUAUGGAACAGGACUUGAGCAAGUUGGAUGUGGCAAAACUACAUCCUCUUUCACCUGAAGUUAUUUCUCGUCAGGCUACAAUUAACAUUGGAACUAUUGGUCAUGUGGCCCAUGGCAAGUCAACAGUCGUAAAAGCUAUAUCUGGUGUUCAGACCGUGCGGUUCAAAAAUGAGUUGGAGCGUAAUAUUACCAUCAAGCUUGGUUAUGCUAAUGCCAAGAUAUAUAAGUGUGAUGAUGACCGGUGCCCACGACCUAUGUGCUAUAAGGCAUAUGGAAGUGGUAAGGAAGACACUCCUAUGUGUGACGUGCCUGGAUUUGAGAAUGCUAGGAUGAAGCUUUUGAGACAUGUUUCUUUUGUUGAUUGCCCGGGUCAUGAUAUUCUCAUGGCUACAAUGCUUAAUGGAGCUGCUAUUAUGGAUGGAGCUUUGCUUCUUAUUGCUGCUAAUGAGAGCUGUCCGCAACCCCAGACUUCUGAGCAUCUUGCUGCAAUUGAGAUUAUGCGGCUUCAGCAUAUUAUCAUUCUCCAAAAUAAGGUUGAUCUCAUCCAAGAAAAUGUUGCGAUAAAUCAGCAUGAGGCUAUUCAGAAAUUUGUUCAGGGAACUGUUGCUGAUGGAGCGCCCGUAGUUCCAAUUUCUGCUCAGUUGAAGUACAACAUCGAUGUUGUUUGUGAAUACAUAGUCAAAAAGAUCCCCAUCCCUGAGAGGAAUUUUAUCUCACCACCAAAUAUGAUUGUGAUCCGGUCUUUUGAUGUCAAUAAACCUGGUUAUGAGGUUGAUGAAAUACGUGGUGGUGUUGCUGGUGGAAGUAUAUUAAAGGGUGUCUUGAAGGUAAACCAAAGUAUUGAGGUUCGACCAGGAAUCGUCGUGAAAGAUGAUUGUGGCAACAUAAAAUGCACACCCAUAUACUCCAGAAUUGUUUCAUUGUAUGCGGAGCAGAAUGAGUUGCAGUUUGCUGUGCCAGGAGGUCUCAUUGGGGUUGGUACAACGAUGGACCCUACUUUAACCCGAGCUGAUAGAUUGGUGGGUCAGGUACUAGGGGAGGUUGGAUCUCUUCCAGAUGUUUAUGUUGAGCUAGAGGUGAACUUUUUCUUGCUUCGACGGCUGCUUGGUGUCAGGACAAAGGGGACUGAGAAGCAGGGAAAGGUUACAAAACUGACCAAGGCAGAGAUUCUUAUGUUGAACAUUGGGUCCAUGUCGACUGGUGCCCGUGUCAUUGCUGUCAAGACUGAUUUGGCGAAGUUGCAACUUACAUCUCCAGUCUGCACAAGCAAAGGAGAGAAGAUCGCUCUGAGUCGGCGGGUUGAGAAGCAUUGGCGACUUAUUGGGUGGGGACAAAUUCAAGCUGGUACUACACUUGAUAUUCCACCCUGUCCUCUUUGAGUGUGAAACAAAGAGAAAGAGACUAGAUAGUAAAACAGUAGUUCGGGGGAAAUGUGGGUUGGGAGAGAACUGUUGGGAACAAUUUUUUUGAGAUGGAGGAGAAAACCAAAACCAAAUCUCUUGCUCGAAUUUUUUUUGCGGUACAUGUUUCGGAGAUUAUUUGCACCUUAUCAUAUGAUAAUUUUUGUUUUGCUACUUUUUCUGAGUUUGUUGUACAUUUCGGAGGCUGUUCCCGAACAUAAAUUCAUUCGCGUAGUUAUCACUUCUUUUA